AUGGCCGGCAUCUUUGAACAGUCACGUAGCGGUGGAACUCUUUUCCUCGGUGGAAACAAAAUCAGCGGCCAAGAUAUCCGCGACCAGAAUGUCCUCGCAACGCAGGCAAUCGCCAAUGUCGUCAAAUCGUCUUUUGGACCCUCCGGUCUGGACAAGAUGAUGGUGGACGAUAUUGGUGACGUUACAGUCACAAACGACGGCGCUACCAUUCUCAGCUUGCUCGACAUCGAGCACCCCGCAGGAAAGAUCCUCGUCGACCUCGCACAACAGCAAGACAAGGAAGUCGGUGAUGGCACAACUUCGGUCGUCAUAAUAGCAGCUGAGCUGCUGAGGAGAGCGAACGAGCUCAUGAAGAACAAGAUUCACCCCACCACCAUCAUCACAGGCUACAGGCUGGCGCUGAGGGAAGCGGUCAAGUACAUGAACGAGAACAUUAGCACAAAGGUGGACACACUCGGUCGCGACUCCCUGAUCAACAUCGCCAAGACAUCCAUGUCCUCCAAGAUCAUUGGCUCGGACUCUGACUUCUUCGCCAAUAUGGUGGUCGAUGCUAUAACCUCUGUCAAGACGACCAACAACAAGAGCGAGACCAAGUAUCCCGUAAAGGCGGUCAACAUCCUCAAGGCACACGGUCAGAGCGCUACUCAGUCGGUCCUCGUCAAGGGAUACGCUCUUAACUGCACAGUUGCUUCGCAAGCCAUGAAGACUCGCAUCACCGACGCCAAGAUCGCCUGCUUAGACAUCAACUUGCAGAAGGAGCGAAUGAAACUCGGUGUACACAUCACUAUCGAUGACCCCGAACAGCUCGAGAAGAUUCGCCAGAGAGAAGCCGGAAUCGUCGAGGAGCGAAUCGAGAUGAUUCUGAAGGCUGGUGCAAACGUCAUCCUCACAACCAAGGGUAUCGAUGAUCUAUGCUUGAAGCACUUCGUCGAGAAGGGCGCCAUGGCGGUGCGAAGGUGUAAGAAGGAGGAUUUGCGAAGGAUAGCAAAGGCCACCGGAGCGACACUGGUCAGCACACUGUCAGAUCUGAAUGGCGAUGAGAAGUUCGAGGCGGCCAACCUGGGCCAGGCGGAAGAGGUAGCACAGGAGCGCAUCUCGGACGACGAGUGCAUCCUUGUUAAGGGUACCAAGGCUUUCUCAUCUGCUUCCAUCAUCCUGCGAGGAGCCAAUGACUACGCGCUGGACGAGAUGGAGCGAUCGGUACACGACUCGCUCUGUGCUGUCAAGCGAACGCUGGAGAGUGGACGUAUUGUCCCCGGUGGAGGUGCUGUUGAGACUGCGCUGCACAUCUACUUGGAAGAGUGGGCAACCUCGGUUGGCUCCCGUGAACAGCUCGCCAUUGCAGCUUUCGCCCAGGCUCUCCUCGCUAUUCCCAAGACCCUUGCCAUUAACGCUGCAAAGGAUGCAACGGAGCUUGUGGCCAACUUGCGAUCGAGACAUGCGCUCUCGCAACGAACCGUCAACCCCACAGACCCUUCAUCCCAGGACGCGAAACAAUUGGCCAAGUCAAAGAACUACAAGAACUACGGCCUGGACCUGUCGAACGGCAAGGUACAUGACUGCCUGAAGGCCGGCGUGCUUGAGCCCAGCAUGAGCAAGGUCAAGCAGCUGAAGUCUGCCGUCGAGGCUUGUGUGGCCAUCAUGCGCAUUGAUACUCUGAUCAAGCUUGACCCUGAGGAGCAGGGCGGAGGUGAUGAUGGACAUGGUCACUAG